UGGAUCUGCCUGUUAAGGGUAUGUUUGUUGGGGCUUUACUCAUAGUAGAUGGUGAUAUUUUAUCUACAAGUCCAACUAAGUUUUGGGAGAGUGACAAUUUUAUUGACGUACCACUGAUGAUUGGUUCAAUGGCACAGGAAAUAGAUAUCUAUCCAACUGUUGGUGAUCAAAUCAAAGACUGGACUUGGCAUGACUAUGAAAUAUACGUGAGAAGUAAAUUUGACAGUUUUGAUGACACGAUGAGUGAUCGAAUAUUAGAACUAUAUCCACCAAGCCAAAGAUAUUCAACACCAGAAUUAUCCUUCACAACUAUGGCAUCUGAUAUACGUGUUACAUGUGGAAAUGAUGAAAUCACCGAUAUAGCCAGUAGGAAAUUUCAAUCACCAGUUUAUCGUUUUGUUGGAACAGCACGUCCAAGCAAACCUGUACACUGGUUUGGAUUUGGUGCAGAGUAUGCAUUCCAUGGAUGGGAUAUGAUGGGCUUCUUUGACUCCAUGAAUCAGUAUAUUGAGCCUAAUUCUGAUGAUAGGUUAUUUCGUGAUCGUAUGCAGGUCUACUUAACAAGUUUUGCACAGACUGGCAAUCCAGAUGAUAAUUGGUUAAAAUGGACAGGGCUAGGGAGUACCGCGUUACUGUCACAUGAUAUCAAAUAUACACAUCGCUUUAAUAAAACACGAUGCGAUUUCAUGAAGGAUAAUGGAUUUUUAUCUUAUUCAUGGAUCAACUAAUGAUUACUUGA